CAUUACUUGCAGUUGCUUAAAUACUUGCCAGCGUUUAAUGAUAUGGUGGUAAUAUGACAGAUCACGAUACAUAUCCGUCUUGUAUUGUACCACAUAUUUUCCUGCUAGUUUUUGGCUGCUCUAGCUAUUUUCUUUUCCUGGCGGAAGCAAGGGAAAUUUGAAUCUCCUUAAAAUUACGACCUACAAAUGCUACGUUUGAGGUAGUAAACCGUAAGCACAUGAAUCAUUCAGAGUCACUUUAGCGUGUACAAUAGUGCGGGUACCUGCGAGUAUCGCAUAAUUUCACCACCUGUUGCUCUGUAAAGACAUUCGCUUCUGGGGCAGUGAGCGUGAUCGGAGACCGUUGAGGUUCCUGUGUCAUUAAGCUCCGUCUUCCACACCGCUUACGUUGUUUUGCUUGUACGAGCCUUUCUUUAGUGGUGGAUGUGGAUAGAAAUUGAUGGUUGACAACCUAAUUAAGUGGAAGAGAAAGUCUGUUGCACGGAAAAGUCCAAAACCGAGAAGGGGAAAUUACCGGUGGAUCCAAGCUCGAGAGAAUUCGAAACUGCAGAGUCUGAUCCUGCAAUUACUUGCUAAAGACAGCGUCAAGAUGUCGGCAACGGAAACAGUGAUCCGCGAGAGCAAUGAAUUAAGCAAUGAAAUUGAUACAUCGUCGGAGGCCGAUGCGACCAGCAGUAUGGAACAGAAAAUCCCACCGGAUGCGGGCAGUUCCUCUGUUGCAACAGGGACAUAUAAAAACGGAACGGUGGUACGCAAUGCUCCAGAUUCCAACACCGAAGAUUCUCAAGAUCCCAGUUUCAACACGAUUUCAUCAACAUCGCCCGACAAGGAUAAUGGCGUUCCGCCAGGGCAGGAUGAGGUGAAAGUGCAUAAACCGGGAACCAUACUGAAAACCGGUCUCUACACCAAAGCAUAUCACAGCGAAUAUUCCGAUUACUGAUACUUCCAGCGCUACCAGGAGCUUGCUUAGUUUCCUGAAUUCAGUAUUUACUUACUCGUUUUAAUUUAGUAUAUCACUGACAAUGACCAUUAUGUUACGUGCUCCGUUAGCCAAAUAGUUGACCAGCUUCGCAGUUUACGCGCGCCUAAAGCAUGUAUUGUACAGAUGCAAAUGAAUAUGAUAAUUAUUGUUUGUAGUAUCCACUAUCCACCAUGAUAUUUUUGGCUACACUGGUCUGGCCUAGCAUUUAUGUAAUAAUAAAUUAUUUGGACUUGAUCUAGUGUCGUUUUUAGUGUACUGUAUAAGCAAUGAUAA